CAAAAGUGUGUGUAGUAUAUCCAACUAUGCCGCUCUAACGAUGUAUAAAAGCCAGUCAGGAUCUUCCUUUUAAUAUUCUUCAUUCAUUUCUUAUCAAAGCACUCAGUCUUCAAACUUUACUGCAAAAUCACCCUCUACUCACCAAGUAUGACUACCCCGCCUUCAUCUAUCGCAAGCGAUAUACCGCCUACCCUCAAUCUCAAAGGACCCUACGCCUUCAACCCCGCGACAGACAUCCCGUCUCUCACUGGUAAAGUAAUUCUCAUCACCGGUGCGAACACAGGUAUCGGGAAGCAAACCGCCCUCGAGCUAGCUAGGCAUAGUCCAGCCCAGAUAUGGGUUGCAGCCCGCAACGCCCACUCUGGGGAGGAUGCUGUAGUUGAGAUAAACGCGGUGGAACCGGACGUGGAUGUGCGGUGCGUUGAAUUGGACUUGGCGAGCUUCGAGUCCGUGAAGCAGGCGGCCGGGAAGGUGGUGAAGGGCAGUAGUAGUGCUGGGAGGUUGGACGUGUUGAUGUUGAGCGCUGGGAUGAUGGGCGGACACCCAGGCGUCACGCAGGAAGGCUACGAGAAGCAGUUUGGCACGAAUCACAUCGGCCAUGCGCUUCUGCUUAAGCUCCUUACACCUCUCCUCUUGCACACGGCCGAGAUAACGGGCUCACCGCCGCGUGUCAUCUCCCUCAGCUCGGCCGGGCACCGCAAUGCCCUACCAGAAGGUGGUAUUUCCUUCGAGACUUUAAAGUCGUCUCAGCUUGACAUCUCCGGCGUAUCAAAGUACACGCAGUCCAAGCUCGCAAACGUGGUAUACGCCCGCCAAUUCGCAAAGCACUUUCCCCAGCUCAUCACUAUCGCCAUACACCCAGGCGAGGUUGCGACUCAGCUCUUUAACAAGGGCGCCGAGGGCGGGGGACCGGAGAUCGAAUACCUAGCCAGGGAGAUCGCACCCAAGGUCUGUGUUCCGGUUGAGGAAGGGGUGAAAAAUGGGCUGUGGGCUGCUACCGCGCUGGACGUGCAGAGUGGGAGAUACUAUGAGCCUGUGGGUGUCUUGGGUCGAGGUAGCGAUUUGUCGAGGGACGAGGCGUUUGAGACGAAGCUUUGGGAGUGGACGCAAAGAGAACUCGGGGGCCAUGAGAUUUGA